UUUGCGGAAAAUAUUGAAAGGCAAAGAGAAAUUGCACGUCGGAGGUUGGAGCAAGAUCGAAGGUUUGAUGAUAUCUUACAGAGAAUAGCCGGCAAUGAAGAUUUGGCAGGCAGUAACAAUCACUCGGUUGACCAGGGUAUAGAGAUCGAACUUGAAAGUGAUGACGAAGAAAUGAGUAGAAUAAUGCGUGAACCUGUACAUAAGAGCGACUUAACAAAAAAGCAGAGAUAUAGACUUGGUGGGGCUGAGUACCGGGCAAUUGUGUUUUUAACAAGGCUAGUACCAAUUUAUUAUUUGGUUUGCGCCGUUGGCUUUGGUUUUAUAAUCAGAAUUUAUGUAGCCGCCUCUACAUAUGCCCAAGACAUACUGAGAACCACAAACUCAAAUGGUCCAGUAAAUGAAUGGUUUUUUUCGUUCUUUUGUAGCAUGUCUUCUUUCAAUAACCUUGGUUUAAUACAGGUUGAUGCAAGUAUGGUUCCCUUUCAAUCUGCACCCGGAUUAUUGCUCCCAAUUAUAUUUUUGGUUUUUGCCGGAAAUACGGCAUAUGCAAUAUUCCUAAGGCUCAUAAUAUGGAUAUUGUAUAAACUGACCCCGAAAUCGCAUGUCAUGAAAAAAGAAACUUAUCGCUAUUUACUGGACCAUCCGCGUAGAUGUUAUACUAGUCUGUUUCCAGCUACCCAUACAAAAUGGCUAGUCAUUGCUCUGAUUGGAAUUACUGCAGUUGAGUUUACCACUUUUAUUGCGUUGAACUUCUACCUACCAGUAUUAAGUGGCAUUAAUUGGGGUGCUCGUGUUUUAGAUGGUUUCUUUCAAUCUGUAGCCAAUAGAAGUGCUGGUUACAGUAUUGUUGAUUUGAUGGAGCUAAAUCCAGGAACUCAAAUUGUAUUUAUUGUCGCAAUGUAUAUCAGUCCUUACCCUGUCACCAUUUCUAUGCGUAACAGUAAUGUUUAUCAGGAGCGAUCCUUGGGAAUUUAUGGCAAACAAGAUGACAACGAAGACGACUAUGAGCAGGAACCACAGGGUCCUGGACUUUUUCCUAGGCUAAAACGAUCAGCUACUUUUAAUAGUGCUCUGACAAGCUCAAAAAAAGUUCUAAAAAAACCUGACUUCUUCGUUAUGACUCAAAUUCAGCGACAGUUAACAAGCGAAAUUUGCUGGGUCAUAGUUUGUAUAUUUGCUAUAUGUGUCAUUGAAUCGGAGGCCAUUCUUGCUAUAACUCCUAUCACAAUAGCAUCAAUCAUCUUCGAGUGUGUGUCUGCCUUUGCCAAUGUAGGUGCCUCCACCGGUUAUCCACACACAACUGCAUCACAAUCCCAACAAUAUCAUCCUCUAAGUCUUCCAGCGACUAUAGAUCGUGCCAUUCUAUUGCCCUCGGAACAACUUGAAGAAAAGGAACAUCAGGAUCAUCUGCUCCGUAGGAGAAAUACGUCUAUAUCAGUUGGCGAUAACGGUGGAGAGGCCGUCAUGUUUUAUAACCGUUCUCGAACACUUUAAUAUACCCAUAUUACGUAAUAAUCGUGACUUUGAAAUAUCUGGGCUCCAUUUGCC